UUUCGCAGGUCGAAAGGUGCUGCGGGAAUGGGCUGGACCCUGCCAGCUGCCGGGUUGGCCCUCGUCGUCGUCAUAGUCAUCGUCGGCGUUGUGCUGUUAACGACGCAAGGUGGUCCGACUCCAGCUGGGAAGCUGGUGAGCAAGCCGAUCCCUGCAGGCGGUGGAGGCGGCGGAGGCGGCGGUGGAGGCGACAAACCUACAUCAGCGCCUAACGCGGUCAUUGCCGGUCAAGUUCCCUCUGGAGGUGAGAAGCCACCACAAAAGAGAGAAGAACUGAAAGCGGAGCAGAUCGAAGUGCAGACACUGUAUAUGCUCGGAUGUAUAGGUUAG